GCGAGGCAGCGGGCGCUCUCGGUGCCCGCCGCGGGUCCUGCCUGUGUCCCCACGCAGACGCGCCGGGUGGUGCUGGGCCCGCGACUCCGCGUCCCUGGGGAUUUCGCUCACCGGCGUCUGGCUGGGCCCUGCGGGGCGCUGUCCACAGGCAGGGCGAGGAGCAGGUGCACUCGCCCACUCUGCUCGCUUCUGCCCUCUCCUCCCCUAGCUUCGAAAGCCCGAGGAGGGCAGUCGCGGCAAGAAAGGCCCGGGGCGGUGUGCGUUGCCCAGCGCUCAGAGGCGUCGCCUCACUGGUGCCCCUGACUUUGUCACCUGCUUAGGAUGCCGCUAGGGUUCUGCAUGGUCACUUCGCAGUAUCACUUUUCAAAUUUUGAUCAGGCUCAGUGUAAGAGAAGAUCGCUGACCUACCCAGAUGAUUUGGAUAUCUACUGCUCUGGAGAUAAAGUCGGUUCAUCAUUAAGAUGUUAUUCUGAGGAAAGAAAGCUUUGUGUGAUGCCUUUUUGCAGUUCAUUCAAACACUUAAAUGUGAAUCGCCUAGAUGGUGAACUGGAUUCUUUUCAUGACUUGAAGAAACAGGAAAUAGAGGAAGAGUUAAUUGAGAAUCAUCGUAGAGUUAACACCUCAAAAAUGACCAAGCAGCCUUUCAAAGAAAUAGAAAAAGUUGCCCUGGAAACGGAUGUGGCCUCAGGACCUCAUGCCAAGUGGGGUAGUGCCGAUGCCAGAGACUUCCCUCUGAGACACACCAGCCGACCAAACUCCAGAGUGUCAAACAAGCAGAGUUUACUUCCACCUCAGAUAAACCAGAUAUAUGAUGAGUUAUUUCAGAUACACCUGAAGCUGCAGUGUGAGAGUGCAGCGCAGCAGAACUUCGCUGAGGAGCUCCAGAGGCGAGAACGCUUUUUAGCCGAGAAAGAACAAAUACUUUUCAGACAUGAAGAUGCCUUGAGUAAAAUCAAAGGUGUUGAGGAAGAGGUUCUGACAAGAUUUCAGAUUAUAAAGGAGCAACACAGUGCAGAAGUUGAACAGUUAACUGAAGUUCUUAAGGAGAGAAAUAAAGAAAGCAAGAGACUGAGGUCUUCUUUUGAUGCACUGAAAGAAUUGAAUGAUAACUUAAAAAAACAGUUAAAUGAAGUAAGUGAAGAAAACAGAAAGAUGGAGAUUCAGGCUAAAAGAGUUCAAGCCCGCUUAGAUAACUUACAGAGGAAGUAUGAAUUUAUGACAAUACAGAGAUUGAAAGGAAGUUCCCACGCUGCUCAUGAAAUGAAAAGCUUAAAGCAAGAAAAAGCACCAGCUUCAAAAACUUCUAAGGUACCACUUAAUGGACAGGUAUAUGAACUUUUAACUGUCUUCAUGGACUGGGUUUCAGACCAUCACCUUAUCAAAGUGAAACAUGAGGACUCUGGUGUGGAUGGUGAAAAGCUACUACUCAAAUCUGCUUCUCAGAAAAGUGAUAUUCAAGAGAAGUGUGUAAAGCUCUUGCCUGUGAUGACAGAGCAGCUGCAGUGGAUGCCGCUGGUGAAUGCCAAAUUCCACGAGCCUCUCAUCAGGUUCAUCUACUGGUCCCUCAGGCAACUAGAUGCAGGGGCGCAGCAUUCAACUAUGACAUCAACAUUGCGGCGAUUGGGUGAAGACAUAUUUAAAGGCGUGGUAAUUAAAGGAGUUCAGGAUAAUUCUUCAGAGUGUUCUGUGGAGAAUAAACCAAAGACAGCUGCUUUUUUUAAGAGUUCCCAUUUACCAUUGCGAUUUUUAUCAACUUUAAUUGUUCUCAAAACAGUCACUCAAGCUGAUUACCUGGCCCAGGCGUUUGACUCCCUUUGCUUGGACUUGAAGACAGAUGAAGGGAAAGCCUUGUUUCUGGAGCAUCAAGCAGUUCCAGUGAUUUUAGGGCAUCUGCGAAUAUCCAGCAAGGGCCUUCUCUCCAAUGUCAUGGACAGUUUGCUGCAGAUGACGGUAGAGUCCAAAGCCCUGCAGCCUUUCCUGGAAGCCUGUAGCAACUCUUUAUUUUUUCGUACGUGUUCCAUGCUGCUUCGAACCCCUAAGCUUGAUCUUCAGAUCCUAGAAAAGCUCAGUAUUAUUCUCCAGAAACUUUCCAAAAUCAAGAGUAACAAGAAGCUUUUUGAACUUUUUACCAUUCACCUGCUGCUUCAAGAGUUACAGAGGACGACACAUCCAGAGCAUGCCUUCCUCUGCAUCAACCUGAACUCCACGCUGUUCAAUUUGGGUUUGACAAAAGGCAGCUGCCCAGCCUCCAGCACAGGCCGUUAGACUGGCUUGUUUAUAUAUCCAUAGUACAUAUCUGUUGCUUAUCUGUAAAAGAGAAAAAUCACCAAAGUAGCUGAAAUUUUACUAAGUUACCAGUAACAUCAUUUGUCAUGACAGAUAACUAGGAAGAUUUUUUUCAACCUGGUAAAUGAAAUCUGUAGAUGCUAUGGACUUUUUGAAAUAUUUUAUUAAGGUAAUAAGAAUGUACAAGAUGGCAUUUCCAGAAUUUAUGACACUGGGGUUACUUUUUAUAAAAGUAUCUUAGGAAAAUUCUUUCUUAAAAUUAUGUUAUUAUUUGGAAUAAAAUUGGUGCUUAUGAGGGAACAGAUAAA